GAAAGUAACGUCAGCAAAAGGAAAAGGGAGACUGUGUUUUUUUCUUCAUCCUCUCAACACUCCUUCGUUUCCCUUCUCCACGCCUGACAGUGCGAUUUGUCUGGGUCACUACGCCGCGUCUCUUGGCUCGACUUUCCUUUCUCCUUCUUUUGUUGCCACCUCAGCACCCGAAAUGCCAGCGAAGAAGAAAGGUGCUCGCUCCAAGUCCGCGGGCGGUGCGGCGGCCAAAGGCGAUGCUGCUCAUGAUGCUCUGCUUCAGCGCCAGGCCGAAGAUAGGGAGUUCGUGCGCGGAAACGAAACGUCGCUGCGCCGACAGAUCGACGAAGAGGAACGUUCUACUUUCGAAGCGUACCGACGUCAAGAAGCGGUGACACGCCACCGUGUUGAAGAGGCGGUGCGCAAAGCUCAGUUCGAAGCCAGAGAAAACGAACUCGUGGAAGAGGUGAAGCAGAAGGCGGAGCAGUUGCAAGAGACGCAGGAGGCUCUGAGCAGACUGCAGCAAGCGAGCGAAUUGCUGCAGAGCGAAAAGGCCUCUGCGCUGCGCCGCAUCGCCCUCCUUUCCAAUGAGCUGGAGCUGGCUCAGGUCAACGUGGUCGAGCUGGAGCGGCGCGCCACCUCUGCUGAUCAAGGGCAUCGAGAUGCGCUGAAAAAGCUGGAAGGCGAGUUCGACGCGUUGCAACAGAAGUACCACGAGCUGGAGGCACAGUACGCUGCUCUGGAGUCACAAAUGGUCGCGAAAGCGUCGGAGGCGGCGGCGAAUGAAGAAAAGGCUGCAGCCGAGGAAGGACAGACACCAGAGAUGCCGCCUGGCGAGGCCGAGAAGGCCGCGCUGCUGCGUGUCAUGCAGACGGAAGUGGAGCGCUACAAGGCUACCGCGACGCAGCUGCAGGAGGAUCUCACGCACGCGCGCCGCGAGGAGGAGAAGUCGAACCUUCUUGUAGGCGUCCUGAACACGCAGCUGGAGUCUGUCCGCGAGGACAACAGGCGCUUGCACGAACUCUCGCUGAAACGUGCGUCGGAGGUCGAGGCGGCAGGGCAGGUGCGCCGUGAGGCUCAGGAGGCCCGGCGGACCGCUUUGGCGGAGAUGGACCAGGCUCUUUCCACGGCGGCCGUGCAGCAGCGCCAGCUACAACUCGAGCUGGAUGUCCAUCGCAAGGAGGCGGAGAAGCUUGCCAAGGAGCUUUCUGCCCUCCGCGAGGAGCACGCGGCUCUCACCGAGGAGCUGGCGCAGUUGACUCAAAAGGCAGCUCAGCAGGCGCAGUCGGAUCUCGCCACGAAUGUCGCCAUGCAGGCCGAGCUGGCAAACCAGAAGAAAGACCUCGAGCUCGCGUUGAAGGCGAAGGCGGCCGCGGAGGAUGAAAAGUUCAACCACAAACUCCUCACCCGCGCUGAGAUCGAGAGCCUCAAGGCGCGCCUGCAGCGGCUGCAGGAGACGAUGGAGCGCAACGAUCGUGAGUCCUUCGAGACGAUCACCGUGCUGCGGGCUGAUGCGGCGAAGCAAGAGUCGAUGAGUGAGCAGGAGACCAAAGAGCACCUGGCGGAGGUGACCGACUUGCACGAAAAACUGUUGUUGACUCUGAAACAGAACGAAGCGCUGCUCAACGCGCUGGAUACGCUCCAGAAAACCUCAACGCAGCGAGAGCACGACUUGUAUGAGCAACUGACAAGCAUCACCGCCCACCACACGACUUCAAGCGAAGAGCUAGAGCGGCUCCGCACCUCCGCCACGCAAAAGGAGGCAGAGUACACGCACAACUUCGUCUGCAUGAACGCCGAGCGCGAAAACCUGAGAACAAAGCUGAACGAGAUGACGGAGGCUUCCGCCGAAUACACGCGCAUGCACAGCGAAACGGUUGAGCAGAUGCGCAUGCAAAUGGAGGAGUUGAAGAGUCGCCUGACUGCGGAAGCGGAGGCGCACAAGUCUGCGUGUGCGAAGGAGAGUGCGAGGGCGGACGUGGCGGAGCGCAACACCCACCGACUGCAGGACCACGUACGUGACCUCGAAUACAACGUGCGUCUCGGCAACGAAUCGCACGACGAGGCGGUGAAGACCCUGCAAGCGGAGAGCCGCGAUCUGCGCAGCGAGCUGAGCAUUGCCAAGCGCACAAUCGUGCGGCUGGAGAACGCGCUGGGCGAUUUGGCCAGUUACCGCCAACUCACGGAGCUGAAUGACAGGCUGACAAAAGACUAUGAGAAGGCACAGCAGACCAUCACAGCGUUAAACGGCAAGGUUGUGCUGCUGCAGAAUGAGGCUGAUACGAUGGGCGGCUACACGGUGCGCAAAGCUCAGGAAGAAAAAGAGCAGCUCACUCGGCGUCUUCGACAGGUGGAGCGCCGCUACAAGCUCAUGGCACCUCCUUUUAACCAACUGCGCUCGUUUGCGGAGUCGCGGCUGUCCCCAGCUUUGCAUACGGAGCUCAUCGCUGCGCUGGAGGCAUUCGAUCAAGAGUCAGCUUUCAUCUCAAAGUACGGUGUCACUGACGGUACGGUGACAAACGAGGUGAAGCCUUCCGAGAACAAGGCGGCUGCUGAAUCAGCGGCGGCGGAAACAACUGACUUUGUUUCAACGAUCCCAUCAGUGGCGAAGCCUCGUCUUCCGUCCGCACCACAGACAGACGAAAAGGCGCGCUACACAUUACGCAAGCCUCAGUCGAUUCGGAGUGGAAUCAUUGCGGCGAGGACAAAUGCAGCUGCAGAGUCGCGGGAUCGGCUCCCAGCUAUUGCUUGA